CGCUCUCCGUUCCGACCCCGCCCUCCGCGUGAUUGAUACCUGGAAAAGUGGGAGCUGGCUAGUUGGUUGCACGUGGGGGACGGCGGGGUGCCUCUUUGUCGAGCUGCGCCGCGAUGCCCGGGAAAGUACGGCUGCCCCCUUGGGAGGAGGCUCUGCCCGGCAGAGCAGAGGCAAUCAUAGUGACAGCCAGCCAUGCCGUCAACAAAAACCCGAUGUAUCCACCGUUUCCGGAAGGAAUGCAGAUGGCAAUAUUUGGUAUGGGAUGUUUCUGGGGGGCCGAGAGAAUGUUCUGGAAGCUGCCAGGUGUCUUCUCCACCCAGGUGGGCUUCUCAGGAGGCUUUACCCCCAAUCCUACCUACAAAGAAGUCCGCAGUGGGAUGACAGGACAUGCUGAAGUGGUCAGAGUUGUGUUUGACCCACAGACCAUAAGCUAUGAGGACCUUCUCAAGUUUUUCUGGGAGAACCACGAUCCAACCCAAGCUAUUGAAAACCUCCCUUUGGAACGAGAACAUGCAGGUAGUACAUCAAAGAAAGGACCCAAGGAACCAAAACCUUGCACAGAGCAAUAUGAAGAUGUUGGCACACAGUACCGUUCGGCCAUCUAUGUCAUUGGAGCUGAUCACCUGGAAUCUGCCCUGAGAUCCAAGGCAACAUAUGAGCAGUUUCUGGUGACUUAUGACAAGGAGAAAGAAAUAAGGCAAGAAACUGAAGGCUCUCCGCACUGCAAAUUUGUCUCGGUACUCUCCAGCUUCUAAGAUUUCCUCAGUUGCUAUGCACAUGUACUCAAGCCCAUCUUCCCAGUCAUGAGGGCCAGUAAACCUGCUUUGUUUCCAUGCAUGUUCAGAUCCUUAAGGUGUUAAUGUUCUAUAUCUCCAAUACCAAGGGUUGCAUCCAACUAAGUUCUGCUCAAAGUAGACCCAUUGAAUUUAAUGGACCUAAGUUAGGCAUGCCAAUUCAUUCCAAUGGAUCUAAUCUAAGUAGGACUAGUGUUGGAUAGUGCCCCCAAAUUUCUAAAAUUGGAUGGCUGAUACAAAGGAGGUGAGUGGGGGCUAGACUAACUAGGGGUCUUGGAGGGAAAGGCCUCUGUCUGAAAUCCUGGAGAGUGACUGCCAGUCAGCGUGGUAGACAUUACCGAGCUAAGCUAAUCGUCUGACUCUGAAUAAAGGUAGCAUUAGCUGAUUCAGAGUUUUAUAUCAGGGAUGAAGAACCUGUGGCCCUACAGAUAUUGCUGGACUCCCAACUCCCUUCAGCCUGAGUCAGCAUGGCCAAUGGUCAGAGAUGAUGGGAGUUGUAGCUUAACAAGUUUGGGAAGGCCUCAAGUUAUUUUAUUAUUUAUUUUUGUAUUUAUUACAUUUCUACCCCGCCUUUAUUUUCAUGCUAGAAACCCAAGGCGGCUUACGUAUGGUUCCCAGGUGGUCUCCCAUUCAGGCACUGACCAGACCUGACCUUGCUUAGCUUCAGCAGGGUGCAGGCCUCAUGUGCCUUCAGAAGUUACCCAUCCUUUAUUUAUUCUGGUCUUAGAAGUGCUGCUUAGAGAUAUAAGGCAAGAUAAAAGGAUUUCGGGAUUAAAGAUAAAAAAAGAAGAAUAUAAAUUGAGAGCAUUUGCUGAUGAUUUGAUAAUUGUACUAGAAAACCCUUUGGAAGGAAUUAAUGUAUUGAUGGACAAAUUAAAAGAAUUUGGACCAUUAGCAGGAUUUAAGAUCAACAAUCAAAAAACAAAGAUGUUGGUGAAAAAUUUAACUUUAAGGGAACAGAAAGAGUUAAUGGACAAGACAGAUUUUACA